AUGACGGGACAAUCCCAGGCGGCGGGCGCUGAAGCAGGGGCGCUCCUGCUUGGCGUCGACCUCCAGUCCUUAGAUGUCGACUCCUUGCUGGGACCACUUGCUUCAAGGGGAUCGCGAAGCUUGGGCUUCCGGCAAAGGCCACCCCGAGUUGGCGUUGAAGGCUUGAGGGCAGAUGAGGUUAUUUCCUCGCAGAAGAAGGCUUUGGAGCAGCCUGCUCCAGCCCAAACCGUCAAGGCGAAGGCUGCCAACUGCCUAGCUCAUGGGCCUGCCCUGGUGGGCGGCAAGUGUGGCGAACGGAUGUUCUUUAUUGUGACAACCGUGUCCCCAGAUGGCCAAGUGAUGAAGGAGGGCGGCGCGUCCGUUACCUGCAUCGUGACCGCCCGAAGCCUGAUGUCGAAAACCCAUCCUGAGCCCCGUCCCUUCGUGGAAGACCGUCAGGACGGCACGUACCACGUACAGUUCGUUUGUGCAACGCCGGGUGUCUACGAGAUCUCCGCAUGCGUGGACGGCGCACAGGUUGCUGGAACCAUGGAUACGCACGGAAGUGCAGGUCCUGUUGCAGUGACGGUCACGCCGAGCGCUUGGUCGGUUCGGGGCGACGGCUCGCAGCGUUGCACGCUGGGCGGAUCCGCAGAGUUCACCAUUCAGGCUAUGGACGAGUUUGGCAAUCUCUGCGGUGAAGGAGGAGCUCGUUUUGGUGUUCGUGCUAGCGCCCACGUGCGGUUGCACGAAGUCUCCGACAACGAGGACGGAACCUACACCGUGACCUACUCCAUUCCCGACUGGGCUCAAGGGCCUAUAAAGUUGGAGGUGCUGCUGGAUGGCCAUCCUAUCAGAGGCUCCCCCUUGAUGCCGCGUAUCAUAGGCUUUGUCCCGGAGAAGGCGGACCCAGCCGUCAAAGGCAAGGCAUCACAGGGCAGAGUCCAGAAGGGAGCCGGCGGCACGUUUGCAGACCAGCUGCCGUCUUUGAGGUGGCUCCGGGAAAAUCAGCCUCUUCCUGUUCCAGACAUCCCACCCCCAGACGUGACGGCUAUGGCAGCCACCGGAGGCCUCAACGGCUUCGGCAAAGUUGGAGAUCGCAGCCUCGAGGGCGCGUCCGAGGCCUCCGUCUCGAGGCUAGCUUGGUCAGCUGCAGACGAAUGGCGAAGACUUGCGGAAGUGCGAAGUGAGCUGGAGAGGAGCCGGGAUCAGCUGGUGGAGCACCAGGCUGUCCUGUUGCAUGUGGGUGAUGCCAUCCACACAGAGGUGGAUCGCUUGCAGGAGUGGGAAAGAAACAUCAAAAGCCGAGAAGAUGAGCUAGGCGACGUCGAGAAGCAGCUCGAGGGCAUGCGAUCAGAGAUUCAGAAGCAGUAUCUAACGCAGAAACGGCUUCUGGAGACCAUGUCUGCGAAGGACCAGCCCUGUCACAAGUAA